CGGUACAGAUGCCCUCUCCGUGCCUGCCUGCGGUUUGCCGGCCGCGGGAGUGUGACACAAAUUCAAACGCGUGUCAGCGUCUGCGCAGUGGGGUUGGGCGCAGUUCGUACUCGAGACGGAAGCGGAGUUUCCGGCUCUUUGCUACCGACUGAGUGGAGUGCUGACGCCGCCAAGCCCCAACGAAAAAGACCUUUGCUUUUUGGAAAACGUGCACUUGAUCGCCAGUUAUAAUAUCGUCGCAUCUGGGCUCGUUCCUGGUUCGGUCCGGACCCAGGGUUCGGUUCGGAGAGAGCAGAGGAGAGGCGCGGAGCUAACAAGGCAGGGGUGACCCACCAACUACCGGCAUGGCCCGCGACUACGAUUACCUCUUUAAGCUGCUCAUCAUCGGGGACAGCGGGGUGGGCAAGAGCAGCCUUCUGUUGCGAUUCGCAGACAACACAUUUUCAGGUAGCUACAUCACCACGAUCGGCGUGGACUUUAAGAUCCGGACAGUGGAGAUCAAUGGGGAGAAGGUAAAGCUGCAGAUCUGGGACACGGCCGGGCAGGAGCGCUUCCGCACCAUCACCUCCACGUACUACAGAGGGACCCACGGGGUCAUAGUGGUGUACGACGUCUCAAGCGCAGAGUCCUUCGUCAACGUCAAGCGAUGGCUGCACGAAAUCAACCAGAACUGUGAUGACGUGUGCCGGAUAUUAGGUGAGCUUGCUUUGCCAUGACGUGUGUCGGUAGGU